AUGUUACCCAUCUUUCUGAUCCAAGGUAAAACUCCUCGUCUGAGUAUAUCAAAUAAUAAUCAACAUCGAUUGUCGAUUGUUUCGAAGCACUUUGAUAAUGAAUAUUAUAAUCAACAGCAAGUUCAAAUUAUCGGUUCUGAAUUAUCACAACCACUUCCUAAUACUGAUGGUAGCACUGAUCGACGUCGACUAACGCAGAUCAUUACUCUAGUUGGUAAUAAUAAAGAAAAUAUUGUCGAACCGAAAGGUCGUUAUCUCUUAUUAUUUAUUGUCGAACCAAUUCUUAUUGGUUGUCUUCUCUUUCCAAUGUUGGUUCUCUUUUGGGAUUGUGGAUGGAAUCUCACUGUUACUAUGCUUAAUUCAUUGAAUGGCUUUCCAUUGACGUAUAAUCUUGAUGGAAACAAUUAUACUGAUGAUGGAUACGGUGAUUAUUCACCUCAAUCAUUAAUCAUUCCUUAUGUGAUUGUUGAAAUUUUACUACUCAUUUUCUAUCUUGGUCAAGAUCUAUUCUACGAUUUUCUCAAACGACAAUAUACUUUUAUCGAGAUGAUUCUUUUGAAAAUUCAUAUAUUGAUUUUGGCAUCACUGUAUAUUGUUCAAUGGGAAAUGAUCUGGACUAUUUUGGAUCAAUAUACUCCUCAAGAAUGGACGUUUAUUAUGGUUCUAUCGUUAGCAUCACUAUUCGUAUUGAUCGUUGUUACUGGAACUUUAUCGGAUCUGGUUUGUUCGCCAUUUGUUGUCAGUUAUGAUUCAAUUGAAUAUUGUAUUCGAUUUGAAUGUCCUCUUGUGGCAGAACAUAUGGAUCGAUGGAAAAUCAAUUUGAUCAAUUUUAUAUUGUACGAAUUUAUCAUUUCUAACAUCACAAUUAUUGGAUGGCAUGGUUUUUAUCUUAUUCUCGAUCAAUAUUUGUAUCCUGAUGAUACGAUUAAAUCGGCUUGGAUCUGUUUAUUGAUUGGUUACCCUCUUUAUUUUUCACUGAUGUAUUGUCAAUAUUACUUGGAGAAUUUCAAUUUGAAAUAUGAUUUUUGGACAGUUUUUUUGGCCAACUUUCCGCAAUGCCAUCGAAACAUUUUUCAUGGAUUAGCUUUUGCUUCAUGUCUAUUUCUUUGGCGUGGCUUUUGGGUUCUGUAUGAUUCUUAUCUCGAUAUCUUCGAAAAAUAUCAUGAGACGUAUUUGUUAAUAUCUUUGCUCUCAUUUGGAUUCUUGUCCGUAAUACAAACUUUUUCAUCAAUGAAUGGUUCAUUAAGCGCUAUGGAAGAUAAUUAUCGUUUCUUUCCUAUCUAUUCGCAUUGCUAUAUUUCAAAAGUUGUUUACAAGUUGUCUCAACUGUCGUGUUUUCAAUUAAAGACCAUUGGAACUACAAGAGUUUUUCCUUUUGAAAAUUGA